AUUAGCAAGUAGCAACUUCCGGCAGCUUGAAGCUUAAAAUUAAAAUCCUCCACAAUCACAAUUCACAAGUCCCGCGCUCAAAAAAGACUUCAGAAUCACAGUCGUUCGAGCUCCUCUCUUCUGCUCCUUCGCCGGUCCUCUCUCACUCUCACCGUCCUCCUUCCUCUGUCUCGCCGUAGGUUUCGGCAACAAUGGAGGAGCCACAAAACGGGAACUCAAACGACCACUCGGAGGCCCCGCCGGAGACCGAGGAGCCUGCCGUCGGCCCCGCACCGCCUCCUAAGGCUCGCACCAAGCGUCCGCUCCAGUUUGAGCAUGCCUACCUCGACGCCCUUCCCUCUGCAAAUAUGUAUGAGAAAAGUUAUAUGCAUCGAGAUGUGGUGACGCACGUUGCUGUUUCAGCAGCAGAUUUUUUCAUCACUGGAAGUCUUGAUGGGCACUUGAAAUUCUGGAAGAAAAAAUCAAUUGGUAUUGAGUUUGCAAAACAUUUCAGAUCCCAUCUUGGUCCCAUAGAAGGCUUAGCGGUGAGUUCUUUUUGCUGCCUCGCUUUGCAGGUUAGCAUUGAUGGUCUGCUGUGUUGCACGAUAUCAAGUGAUCAAUCCGUCAAAAUCUAUGAUGUGGUGAAUUAUGACAUGAUGGUCAUGCUUAGCUUGCCAUAUCUUCCUGGGAGUGUUGAAUGGGUUUAUGAACAAGGAGAUGUGAAAGCCAAGCUUGCAAUCAGUGAUCGAAACUCCUCUUUUGUUCACAUUUAUGAUGCACGAGCGGGUACAAAUGAACCUAUUAUCUCAAGAGAGAUUCACAUGGGGCCAGUCAAAGUUAUGAAGUACAACCCAGCUUUCGAUACUGUGAUAUCUGCUGAUAUGAAGGGAAUAAUUGAAUAUUGGAGUCCCUCUACACUUCAGUUUCCAGAGGAUGAGGUGAAUUUUAAAUUAAAAAGUGAUACUAACUUAUUCGAAAUCGUGAAAUGCAAGACGAGUGUUUCAGCUAUUGAGGUCAGCCCCGAUGGUAAGCAGUUCUCAAUUACAUCACCUGAUCGCAGGAUACGAGUAUUUUGGUUCAGAACGGGCAAACUAAGACGAGUUUAUGAUGAAUCUCUUGAGGUGGCUCAAGACCUACAAAGGAGUGAUGCUCCUUUGUACCGACUAGAAGCCAUUGAUUUUGGACGAAGGAUGGCUGUUGAGAAAGAAUUUGAGAAAACAGAAACUGCAACUCAGCCAAAUGCUGUUUUUGAUGAAAGUUCCAAUUUCAUCAUAUAUGCGACACUGCUGGGAAUAAAAAUAGUAAAUCUGCACACAAACAAAGUGGCCCGAAUCCUUGGAAAGGUGGAGAACAACGACAGGUUCUUGCGAAUCGCCUUGUAUCAAGGCGACCGAAGCAAUAAAAAAGUUCGAAAAAUUCCCACAGCAGCAGCUAAUGCAAAUGAGAGCAAAGAGCCAUUAACUGACCCUACUCUUUUAUGUUGUGCCUUCAAGAAGCACAGGAUUUAUUUAUUCAGCCGGAGAGAGCCAGAAGAGCCCGAAGAUGCAACUAAGGGUAGGGAUGUUUUCAAUGAGAAGCCUCCAGCAGAUGAACUCUUGGCUGUUUCAGAACUAGGAAAGGCUGCGGCAUCAUCACUCCCUGAGAAUGUGAUUCUGAACACUACAAUGGGUGACAUUCAUAUGAGACUCUACCCUGAAGAGUGUCCGAAAACUGUGGAGAACUUCACGACACACUGCCGGAACGGUUAUUACGAUAAUUUGAUUUUCCAUCGUGUCAUCAAAGGGUUCAUGAUACAGACGGGAGAUCCUUUGGGAGAUGGCACUGGUGGGCAGUCCAUUUGGGGAAGGGAGUUCGAGGAUGAAUUUCACAAAAGCUUACGUCAUGAUAGGCCUUUCACAGUAUCUAUGGCAAAUGCAGGGCCAAAUACCAACGGUUCUCAGUUUUUCAUCACCACAGUAGCUACACCAUGGCUGGAUAGUAAACAUACUGUAUUCGGCAGAGUCGUUAAAGGAAUGGAUGUUGUCCAGGGUAUCGAGAAGGUGAAGACUGACAAGGGCGACAGGCCAUACCAAGAUGUGAAAAUUUUGAAUGUUACUGUCCCAAAGAAUUAACAUCACCCCACAAAGGAGACUGCCUUGAGAAGUGGAGUGCGAUUUGCCGAGAAUCUUGUGUCCCAAGUAAGUAGGUCAACCUCAUCCACUUCGAAUUGCUUGUCCUCUCCUCUUGAGUGUGGUCUGUAGGCCAGUCUCAGUGUAGUGGUAGAAACUCUUGAUUCUGGAAAUGUCUCGCUGUUCAUAAGGUUCUAAAGUUUUUUUCCCCCCCUUCUGUUGCAGAUCGCAACACUAGCUUUCAUUGUAAGCUUUCAAUCGAGAACUUAGCCGCAGGAUCGUUGUUCUGAUACUGUAUCCCGAGUCUGAUAUGCAUCUUCCGGAAGUUCGGGGCUUUUGACGCAUAGUCCUGAGUUCAAAAACCCUCUCUUUUUUAUUUAGAUGUACCCAUUACUUGUCCACUGGUACUGAUACAGAACCAAGCUGCAAACAUUUUUAUAAGCAUAUUUCCGUUUCUAGUGGAACACCACUCCUAAUAAUCUAAUAUCUUGUAUCACUGCGGAGAGCUCUUCAAAUCAGAGUCUGAAAACGAAACACUAAAUCUUGCCGACUUGCCGUAC